AUGUUUGGCUGUGUUGGCUUUAUUUUUCUUUCACUUGUUGAGCUAGCCAUUGUUGGUUAUGUGGACAAGGUAGAUGCGAGGAGACGAAGAAAAGUGCGAGUUCGUGAGUACAGUUUGCAGCAGCAAACUGAUCCGUGGAUGCAGUCGAUGAGCAAUGAUUCGCGCAUCCCACAUCUCAGACUGCCGUCCUCGAAACUCAAUAGCCCGGUAGAAGCACUACAACAAAGCAGUGGGACAAGGUUGAAUCUGAACGCUGAGAAUCGUAACUUGCUUCUAAACAACACGUCUGAUCGAUCGCCUCAUUACUGUUCAGCAACGACCUCCCAGCAAAACUGCUUCCGUCGUGUAUCCUCUGCUUCUGAGCAGCACAAGAAAACGAAGGGAGAAACUAUCGACGAGAUCUCUGGCAAAGCCUUUCCGUUGCUUUUUAUUGUAUUCAACAUUUUUUAUUGGUUUUACUACAUUGGCCUCUCCGGAAAAAUUUUGUGA